UUAGUUAAUGGUUGAAUUUAAAAAAUAUAUAGGAUUAGGAUGAACAGGCAAAUGUUUUGAUAACCUUUCCCCCUUCCGCCUUCCUCUUGCUUUAGCUCCACACUUAGCAUCCCUUUUCCAUCGAACACAUUCUCAAAUGCCAAGAAAAUUCAUCAAUUUCCCACAAAAUUCAAUCCAAACACCAAUAUUUUUACUUCUUCUAGCGUUAACACUCAAAGCAGAGGCUGAAUGUUCAAAAUCAUGUAGUCCCAACCACAUCCCAUAUGAUUUUCCCUACCCAUUCGGCUUCUCCGCCGGCUGCGCAAUCCGCUUGGACUGCAAUCACGACGGCGCCGCCACGAUCGGGGAAUUCCCUGUCCAAUUAAUCAACUCCGACCACAUCAAAGUCGUUAUCAAAGCCAAAUGCAACCGCCGUUUGCACACAAUCCGCCAAUUCUUCAGCCCCCACUACGCCCCAACGGCCAACAACGCCAUUCUUUUACAAAACUGUUCGUCUCCGAUUUCGACUUGCCUUUUACCCACCACGAUGGUUCAGACCAAAUUCGAAUCCCCCGAUUGCUCUGUUAAUCGCACUAGCAUAAGCUGCUACACCCAAAACAACACCGCUUCCGCCGCUUUCUUGGACUUCAAAAACCUCACCGGAACCAACUGCGAUUACCUUCUCUCGUCCAUUUCCGCGGAGGCGCUCAACAGCAACACCUCUGCUGGAAUUUCUCUGGAGAUUCAGACUGUGGAUCUGGGUUGGUGGCUGCAGGGGCCCUGCCGCCAGUCCUGCCAUAAAGAUGCUAACUGUACGGAGCUUAUAUCGCCGAGUGACGGGAAGCUGUCUCAUCGGUGCCGCUGCCGGGAAGGGUUGGUCGGCGACGGGUAUUUGACCGGCACUGGCUGCCGGAAAGCUUCAAAUUGCUAUGCCACUAAGUACACUCUCGCCCAAUGCGGAACAUCAACAACUGCCACAAGAACCGCCGUCCUCGUCGGAACUAUAAUCGCCGGAGCCUUCCUCCUCGUUACUCUCCUUCUAUUCUGCUGCUUCAUCCGCCGUCGUUCCAAUCUCAAAUCUAUACACCUCAACAAAAUCACCAAACGCCGCCUCGCAGAAGCCACAACCGACGCCGGCGUAUCCACCAUCCACCUCUACACCUACAAAGAGAUCCUAAAAGCCACCCAUAACUUCUCCGAGGACUACCGCCUUGGCACCGGCGCAUACGCCUCCGUCUACGUCGGGAAAUUACGCGGCGAAUGGGUCGCAAUUAAACGCCUAAAAAAUCGAGACCCCGAUACUAUCCAACAAGUUUUAAACGAAAUCAACCUCAUCUCAUCUGUCAGCCACCCUAACCUCGUCCGCCUCCUUGGCUGCUCCAUGGAAUCCGGCGACCAAAUCCUCGUCUACGAAUUCAUGCCCAACGGCACUCUGUUCCAACAUUUACAGAAACAGAGGGGCACCGGCCUCCCCUGGCUUGUCCGCCUCAAUAUCGCCGUCGAAACCGCUAAUGCAAUCGCUCAUCUCCAUUCUGCAAUUAACCAUCCGAUCUUCCACAGAGACAUUAAAUCCAGUAACAUAUUACUUGAUCAUAAUCUCAAAUCGAAAGUGGCGGAUUUCGGGCUUUCGAGAUUGGGGAUGGCCGAAAUUUCUCACAUUUCCACGGCGCCUCAGGGGACACCGGGAUAUCUCGAUCCGCAGUACCAUCAGGAUUUUCAUCUCUCCGACAAGAGCGACGUGUACAGCUUCGGCGUAGUCCUUGUCGAAUUGAUCACCGCCAUGAAAGUGGUGGAUUUCUGCCGGCCGAAAGACGAGGUCAAUUUGGCCGGUCUGGCAGUCGAUCGGAUCGGGAAUGGGCAGCUGAGAGUAAUUGUUGACCCGUUAAUGGAGAUGGAGUUAGACGAAUGGGGAAGUUCGUCGGUGGAGAAGGUGGGGGAGGUGGCGUUCAGAUGCCUGGCGUUUAAUCGGGAUGUAAGACCGUCGAUGGUAGAGGUGGCGGCGGAGCUGGAGGAGAUACGGCGGAGCAGGUGGGAUAAAGGGGGAGUGAAGUGUAAGGAAAUAGUUGAAAGUGGAAGCUGGAAGUCUAGCCAUGGAGGAGGGGAUUACUUUUCCAGAGGCUCAGUCCAAGAUUCGUGGCAGAGUGAACCGAGCUCACCAUCUUCCAAUAGUUUGUUAAAUAAUAUUCCUUUAUGAUCCAAGUUUUUCUCCUUGUUUGUGGCGUAAUUCCAAUCUCAAAAAAUAUGUAAAUAUUUGAAUGAAUUAGGUUUCAAUCCAGGGUCACUUUAGAACACAAAA